UGCUGCUGGUAUGUGUGCAUACCCUCCAGUGAUGGUUCCAUGCAGGGGCGGACUGACCAUUUGGAAAUUUGGGCACUGCCCAAGGCCUGGGGUCAAUAGGGGGCCCCAUGAGAUGCCCCUGGUACCUUUUUCAUAGGCUUUUUUGAGUUUGGGCAAGGACACAGGGGCCCCAUGAUCCCCUAUUGCCCGGGGCCCCUGGGUCAGUAGGGGGCCCCAUGAGAUGCCCCUGGUACCUUUUUUAUAGGCUUUUUUGAGUUUGGGCAAGGACACAGGGGCCCCAU